AGUCACCUUUACAGUGCCUACCACCCUGGGUCUGCUUUCCCAUUUUGAAAAUUACAUAGUAUUGUUUUCCCCCGCGAGUUUUUGACUUUGGUCAUUUUUCUUUUUAUCCAGCAGGUUCGCUUGCACAUUGAUUUGCUUUACAACCUCCUGCUCCAAACGCCGCAAUUUUUGACUCAAAGUCUACCCGUUUGACCGUGUAACAAGAGAUGUAACAAGAGUAUCUUGAACAGCUACGCAUUGAAACACAUUUGAAUUUGAAGGAUAUGAUUAUUAAGCCUGCCCGUAUCCUAUCUACUAUCUAAUUUCUUGAUCGUUGUCCCUGUGGUCACAGCUGCGUCGUCUCCUCCUGCUACAAAACCAUGAUAAAAGACCCCCGUUUGGAGCGCAAGAUCGAGGAGAAGAGGCGACUUGCCGAGGAGGGUGAGACGUGGACCGUGGAGCCGCGAAAGCAGAGUUUGGUUGUACCCCGGCCGGCGGUGCAGACUGGGGAAUGGGAAAACGCACCGGUUUCUACCAACGCCGACUACCACGCCGGAUGGAAAUCGGAAGGCGUGGAUCCGCGGUCACUGCCAACGGAAUGGGAAAACCAGCCGGCGGUGAAAACCGUGGACCAGCUAGCCGGGAGUGAAGACCAGGCGAAGGGAACUACAAAUGACGGUACAGCUUCAGGAGACGGCGCGAGCGCGACGCCAACUUCCGUCAUGGACCGGAAAUCCAUGUUUGAAGCGAACAACAGACUGGCUACAGAGACGAGCUCUUCGAAGAACUCGACUGCCAGCGCAUCAUCGCCGAAUAAGAGGAGAACCGAAAUAUUAAAUUCCGCCUCGGCUACUUCUUCGGGAACAACGAGCCCAGCGACGUCGCCGACUGCAGCUGCAGCUGCGGAUGGGAAGAGUGGAACAAAUGAGCAAAAAGAAGUUCUAUUCGCGCCACCUGUCAGGACUUCAGAGGAGAGCAGUAGUAGAGAUGAUCCAGCACCGUCUCCGAAGCCAGCAGCCCCUUCAUCCACAAGUACACCACCAAGAGAACAAAAUCAAACUGAUGGCGCAGCUCCUGCAACAGCAGGUACUAAAGAGCUGAACAGUCUUCGCCACCGUAUCGUCACGCUCGAGGAUUGCAACCGCGGCCUGGCCCGUCGCUUGGCCCAGACGAGCGAGGAGUUGUGUGUCUGCAAGGCCACACUGGACAACCUAUGAAAUGCAAAAGUAUCGUAUUACACUAGUAGAAAUUGCAUUACAAAUAUCCUUAGCAUGACAAACGGAAUUUGUCAUUCUGUUUUAGCUUAGGAAGGCGAUUUGUCAUGCGUCAUUGCGAUUAGUACGAGUACGAUACUUUUGCACAGGAUACAGCCACAACCUGAGCAACCUUACCGGGGAAACGCGAAAACAGGCGCAGCCGUCCAUUUUCAACACGCUCUGGUCGGACUUCAGCCGGUCGGUGGCGAAUGCGUUUGGAUUGACGGAACUGACAACACGCGCCCCGCCGCCCAGCGCGAUGGGAGGAGGUGCGGGAAGAACCAGGGAUGGCGGUAGAGGAGGACAAGUGCCUGGUGUUGCGAAGAGUAAAGGUUCACCGAAAAGCAAAGCUACUUUUUCUUCUGCGCCACAAAGUGCUGAUUCGAAAGACUCCAGCACCAGCUCCUCCUCAUCCGCAGAGCAGGUGAACAUGUCCGAGUCUGAGUUCAUCGAGUUGCAACAGUGGUCUGCCGAUUACGCCAUGCUGGAGGAGGAGCGCAACCGGUGGAUCUCGACCUGCAACGACGCACUGCUGCAGCUAAACGAGGUGCAGCAACUACUCGAGAUAAAACAAUUACAGUGUGACAAGUUGAAAGAAGACAAGGAACUCUUAGUCCAGAAAAGCAAAAGGACAUUACGAGAGGAGAUGCGCAGGUACCAGCAGCGGAUACGACAAGCUUUUUUCGCUACUACAACUGGUGGUACUGGCGCAACGACGUCCAUCCGCGGCACCGCUGCGUCGACACAAUCCGUCCGGACAAUCUACGGAAAUAACAAUGCGACAUCCAGUGCCUCGGUCUUCUCUACUGCGGGUAGUACUAGUGAAGUACAACUAGACCACCGCGGCUCGUCGCUUUCGCCGGAUCAUGCGACCAGAAAUCUGUCGCAGAGAAGCUUGUCCUCUGAAGAGCUGCCUGUUGCGCGGUUAGUUUCUCCGGAUAAACCCAUUGACACGAACAACACCGUGGAUUCCUUCAUUCGGCUGGAAACGCAAGAGUCGCCGGAUCCGCGCGCGGCGGAUCGGGUGUCCAUGUCGCCAAGGGAGGGCGAGGGGGCUCGAAGCGGAUCAAAUACUGGUUUAACCGGCACCCUGCAAGCCACCGGGUCUAACUCCUCGCUCGCAGACGUAAUCCAGCAGAUUGACAUUAUCGAGGCGGAGGAACAGAAGACGCUGGAAGAAAUUUUUGAGCAAACGGACUGGGCGAAGCUGUUAGAGUGCGCCCCGCCCACCGAGGAGGAGAUUGCGUUCCGGGCCCAGCAGAGCCGACGGGAAAAGAGGAAGGCUUCGGUAGCGUUGCUCGACGACAAGAGGCUGGUAGACGUGCUGGAUUUGUCACCGGUUACCAUGAACAGCGACGAAGAUGAAAGCAAACCGCAGCAGGCGAGUUUUGGCCCCCGAGAUACUGCAGCAGCAGCAGCAGCGGCAAAAGGAAAGAAGAAGGGAAAGAAUGUGAACAACGCGACAGCCUCAGGUUCAAGCCAAGGGAACAAAGCUGCGGAGAGUGGAACAAAUGCAAAAAAGGGUGCGCUCACGCAACACUUUCAGCUCGAAGAUCCGGAAGAGGAAGACGAUGAAACUGGAUAGUGAUUGCGAUUGGAGGUCUAGAUCAUGCUAAUCGUCGUGUAUACCGACGUAUCGUUACCCCGUGUAUAAAUAUCAAAUGAAAUUUCUAUCCCGCGACCACAGCGUCGAAAUGCUAUUUCACGGAUCGAGAACCGCAAACACAUGCGAAACGUCGAUAAAUAGCGACAGCGAUUUUGAAAAAAAAAAUGUAGAGAAAGUAGAGUCGCUCCGAAAAUCGAGCUGCAGCGAAAAUUUAAAUUCAAACUCAACGUCAACGAAGUUAAUAGCUGAUGUUCAAGAACCGUAUGUCGUGACCAAAAGUACACAGAUCUGAAAAAUUCUUGGCGCUCCACCGCGCUCCGAUCUCUAGCACCCAGAUGAAAAAUUAUCUUUCUCACACCUACGUGGAACAAAGCGAAGUGACGAAAUAAAGCAAUAAAAAUUACAGAAGGAUCGUCUCCCGUUUGCCCAUCCAAAAAUGAAAAACAAAAAGUCCUUGAGG